AUGAUCGAGAGUGAAAGGUUGUUUUACAUACGGCGACAACAAACGCAUUUGAGGUCAGAAACUGUUCAGAAUAUACAAAAUGCAAAUAAUGCUGGAAAAAAAGAUAUGUCAAAAAUUGGAACACGUAUCUUUAUUCCAUCUUCCUUCACUGGCGGUUCUCGAUAUAUGAUGCAAAAUUACUUAGAUGCAAUGUCUUUGUGCAAAUGGUUUGGGUAUCCAGAUUUUUUCAUCACUAUUACAUGUAAUCCAAAUUGGCCGGAAGUGCAAAGGUUUUUAAAAGAUACGACGAUAAGGCCUGAAGAUAGACCGGACAUUUUGUGUCGAAUUUUCAAGAUAAAACUAGAUUCCAUAACAAAAGACUUGAAAGAAGGCAAGUUGCUGGGUAGAGUUAAUUCUGUUGUCUAUACUGUUGAAUUUCAAAAACGCAGACUUCCUCAUGCACACAUAUGUGUAUUCAUGCAUUCUGACAACAAGAUACUAUCGGUUGACCAACUAUAUCCAAUCAUUUCUGCCGAAAUUCCAGACAUAGCCAAGGAUCCAGAGUUAUAUAAACUUUUAGCAGACUACAUGAUUCAUGGAUUUCUAGUUUAUCGUAGAAGGGAUUCUAGCCUAUCUGUUGUUAAAUCACGUGUGAACGUAGACAAUAGAUAUGUUGUUCCAUAUAGUAAAGUGCUGCUAAAAAGAUACCAGGCGCAUAUUAACGUUGAAUGGUGCAAUCAAGUUGGUUAUAUCAAAUAUUUGUUCAAGUACAUUAACAAAGGCCCAGAUAGAACUACUCUUAGAGUUGUUGAAAGUGGAAAUCAGGAUGAGCAGGAACCUGUAGUCGAUGAGAUAGAAAAGUAUUACGAUUGCCGGUAUAUUUCUGCAUGCGAAUCUGCUUGGAGGAUCUUUUCCUAUGAUAUUCAUUAUCGAUAUCCCGCAGUUAUUCGAUUGCCGUUUCAUUUACCUGGUCAGCAAAACGUAGUAUAUGGUGCAGACGAUGACAUUGACGAGGUUCUUAACAAACCAUCUGUUGCUUCUACUAUGUUCUUAUCUUGGAUGAAGUGUAACGAAAGAUUACCUGAGGCACGUAAGCUUACUUAUGUUGAGUUUCCUUCAAAGUUUGUUUUUAAAUUAAGUACUCGCAGUUGGGAUAUAAGGAAACGACAUCCUUCAAUCGGUAGGAUUCAUUCGGUGUUUCCUUCAGCUGGUGAAGCAUACUACCUCAGAAUAUUAUUGAACAAAGUAAAGGGACCAAAAUCUUUUGAAGAUAUCCGUACUGUAAAUGGUACUUUGUAUCCAACUUUCAGGGACGCAUGCUAUGCGCUAGGGCUUUUGGAUGAUGAUAACGAGUACAUUGAAGCUAUUAAAGAAGCUAAUGUGUAUGGAAGCGCUACUUAUCUACGGACGUUAUUUGGAACAAUGCUGAUGUCUGGUAGUUUGUCUAGACCUGAUUUUGUAUGGGAGAAGAUAUGGACAUAUUUAUCGGAUGACAUUUUAUAUAGACAAGAAAAACAUUUAAAUGUUGAUGAUUUACAUUACUCUGACGAAGAAAUAAAGAAUUUGGCAUUGUUAGAGAUUGAGAAGUUCUUACUUCGUAAUAACUCAUCGCUGAGGAACUAUUCAAAUAUGCCUUACCCUGAUGAUGAGUCUAUUUCUUCGUCUAACAAUCGAUUGAUCAACGAGGAGUUAUCUUAUUACCAAAAUACCAUGAAAGAUGAGUUGAAUAAUAUGUUAGUACUUUUAACAGAUGAGCAACGUAAUGUUUUUUAUCAGAUUAUGGAAUCUGUUAGAACGAACAAAGGCGGUGUAUUUUUUCUUUACGGAUAUGGUGGCACCGGUAAGACCUUUCUUUGGAAGACAUUGUCGGCAGCAAUUCGAAGUAAGUCUGAAAUUGUUUUAAAUGUUGCUUCAAGUGGUAUAGCUUCUUUGCUACUUUCUGGAGGUCGAAUAGCCCAUUCUCGGUUUUCCAUCCCUCUGAAUCUAAAUGAGGAUUCUCUUUGCCGCAUGAAGCCUGGAUCUGAACUUGCGUGUCUUUUAAAAAAACACAACUUAUUAUAUGGGAUGAGGCUCCAAUGA